UCCUACGGCUAGCCUCUGGCGAGGGGUUCGGUUCGGUCUUCAGUUUUGGCCAGAAUCGGUCCGACCCGUUGCCAGCCCCUAACAAUAACAAAACAAUAACCAGGAAAAUCGUAUUGGUAGCCCGAGUUUCGAGUCAGGGAUUUGGCACUGGAAUAGGAAGAUUCACUAUUCAGUCGGCAAAAAUGAGGAAAGUGAAGGACAAGGGGAGGGCGGUUUCUGUGUCAAUGCCAAACGCCGGCAUCAACUGCACCGGCGACGACGACGACGACGACGACGCAAUCGCCGACGCCGGUAGCUCCUCUCAAUCCAAUGACAAUCUCAAAGAUUGCUCCACUUUCCCGGUUGCCAGAUUGCCCUCUCGCAACACCUCCUCCAAGUAUGAUUUUGUCAAGGUCAAGGUGUGGUUGGGUGAUAAUGCGGAUCACUACUAUGUCUUGUCGCGGUUUUUGCUCAGCAGGAUGUUGACAGUUACCAAGAUUCCAAAUCAUGUAGCUAUUAAGAUUGCAUUGGAGCUCAAGAAGCUGCUUGUAGACAAUAGCCUUCUAGAUGUCUCACAAUCUGAUUUGGAAGCUAAUAUUUUCAAGCUUAUGGAGCGGCGUGGUUAUGGGGAAGAGUACAUAAAUCGGUACAAGAUGAUGACAAGAUUUCACCAUCAAAGGGUCCCAUUGGUGAUCCUUGUAUGUGGAACUACCUGUGUUGGGAAGUCAACCAUUGCCACCCAACUUGCACAGAGACUUAAUUUGCCAAAUGUUUUACAGACAGAUAUGGUAUAUGAAUUACUACGCACAUCAACAGAUGCUCCACUGACAUCUACUCCUAUAUGGGCACGAGAUUUUAGCUCUCCAGAGGAGUUAAUUACAGAAUUCUGUAGAGAAUGCAGAAUUGUUCGUAAAGGUUUGGCUGGUGAUUUAAAGAAAGCUAUGAAAGAUGGAAAGCCUAUAAUAAUCGAGGGAAUACAUUUGGAUCCCAGUAUAUAUUUAAUGGAUGAUGAAAGCAAGUCACCAGCUAAUGUCUCAGCGAAAGGUAUAGAAAGAAAUCCUUUAUCUGCGACAUCAGAUGAUAAAAGUUCAAAACAAAUGGAGAGUAGUUCUCUAGCUUUUCGUCAAAACCAAAAAGGAAAUGACACCUGCAUUAGGACUUCUCCUUCCAAGGAAUGCAUGCACACCAACCAAGAGAAUGAAGUGUUGGAUUCUCUUGAAGCUGUGGGUAUAGCAGGAAAUGACACUGGAGUUACAGAUGAAACUCACAUUAAAGAGGAGAAGAGAUCUGUCAGGAAGGAAAAGUCUGGUGCUGAGCCAAUAAUCAUACCCAUAGUCUUAAAAAUGGCUGAAUUUGACCACAAGGCAUUACUAGAGGAAUGGAUCUCCCCUCGAACAUUUAGCGACAAAUGUCCUCUCCAGGAUAAAGAUAAGCUUAUAGCUAAUUUAAAAACUAUUCAGGGUUAUCUUUGCUCAUUCAAAUCACAGGGCUUAGUAGUUGUUAAUAUAUCAGCAACAACAUUUCCGCAAACACUGGAUUGGCUGCAUGGAUAUAUUCUGCAGAAGGUAUACGUGAGCUCUUUGUAACCCCAGAAAAAUAACGGAAGCUGCCAUGUCUGAGGGUCAAAUCCCCACACCGCCCCAUGAACUAAUUCCCAAGGUUCCAGCUUCUCUGCGAGAGAAGUUUCUUUCUUCAAAAAUGUGGCAUAAAAACUGUUCAUGGUUGUUGAAGUUUCGCCAGAACAUUCUCUCUACUCUGGAAGUUGCAACUUGCAACAAACGAGUUCUCUGAAAAGUGUAAAAGGCAAUUUAUUGUGUAAGAUUCUAACUUUAUAAAUAUUAGUUUUCUGUGGAUGCUUGAUAUUAUAAUCUCUACAAUAGGACUGAUGUUUUGGAGACUGAAAAUCCUUUGUAUCGUUUCGGGAUUUCUCGAAUCUGUUUGGAUGCUCAACCCAAUUUAUAGUUUCCAGAUGUAUAGGUUUCAAAAUCUUAAUAAAGGGGAUUUGAUUUCCAGAUUAGA